AUGAACAAGCAAGAUUUCUUAGAGCUUUUCGAAGCAGCAAUUCGAGCGGCUAAAAGCGAUUCUUCUCCACAAGUGGCGAGGUGUGUCGACGCCAUGAGUCGUCUGAAAGAAGCUCCCGAGUCAGUCGCUUUAGACGCUUUUCUCACCACCUCCUCCCUCGGAGGGAGACUCGCCAGAGUUCGCACCGAACACCCAAACCCUAAAAUCCGAUCGGAAGCAAACGAUCUUCUUUACACUUGGAUGCGGUACCUUUACGCCACCGGUCCAAAACGGAGCCGUCGCGAUCAUGUCAGAGAUCGUCAAAAUCUGGUGAAGGUGAUUUCGACUGGUGAUUCCAAGAGAGACAAAGUGCGUGAGAUUCUGCAAAAGUCUCUGUCUAAAGUCGCUGACGAGGUUCAUGUCGAGAUGAAGAAACGAGUGGCUGAUUGCGAUCAUUGGGAUGUGGCUGUUUCGGUGGAAUCUGCCAUGUUUGAGAGAUUAGGUUGUUUCGAGGGAAAACAAAAACCAAAAUACAGAUCCAUCUUGUUCAACAUCGGAGAUAGUAAUAAUCCUGACCUAAGGAGGAAAGUCUUGACCGGUGUGAUCAGUGGAGAAAGACUGGUGACGAUGGAGGGAGAAGAGAUGGGAAGUGACCAGAUUCAGAAGCAAGUCAAAGAAAUCAAAGAGAAAGCAAGGUUUAAAGAAGAGAAUCGACUCAAGAGCAUGAUGAUGCUUCAUCAAUCCGAUCAUAUGAUCAUGACCUAA